AUGGAGGCACGUGUAGAUUCCAGGGCCGCCUCGGUCGAGGGCAACGACAGUGCAGACAUCAACGCUCCCCUGAAGGCGGCGCCUAAGCUUGUGGCACCCGAGCCAGAACACUGCCCCGGCCCAGAAAGUCAGAGCGCUGGCAAGGGCGAUGCCUGCGCCGGCUGUCCCAACCAGCAGAUUUGCGCCACCGCUCCCAAAGGUCCCGAUCCCGACAUCCCUCUGAUCACCGCCCGCCUCGCCUCCGUAAAGCACAAGAUCCUCGUUCUUAGCGGAAAGGGCGGAGUCGGCAAAUCCACCUUCACAACCAUGCUGGGCCAUGCCUUUGCCGCAAAUCCCGACGCUCAAGUCGGUAUCAUGGACACGGAUAUUUGUGGGCCAAGCAUCCCGAAGAUGAUGGGCGUGGAGCAAGAGACAAUACAUGUCAGCAAUGCUGGCUGGAGCCCGGUAUGGGUUUCGGAGAACCUCGGUGUCAUGAGUGUCCAAUUCAUGCUACCCAAUCGCGAUGACGCCGUCAUUUGGCGUGGCCCAAAGAAGAAUGGCCUCAUCAAGCAGUUCCUCAAGGACGUCGAGUGGGGCGAAUUGGACUAUCUUGUCGUCGAUACUCCCCCUGGCACUAGCGACGAACAUCUUAGUGUCAACAGCUUCCUCAAAGAGUCUGGCGUGGACGGUGCCGUCGUUGUCACAACCCCUCAGGAAGUCAGUCUGCUUGACGUGCGCAAGGAGAUUGACUUUUGUCGCAAGGCAGGCAUCAAGAUCCUCGGCAUUGUCGAAAACAUGUCAGGCUUCGUCUGUCCCAAAUGCACUCACGAAAGCCAGAUCUUCAAAGCCACUACCGGCGGCGCCAGGCGUUUGGCUCAAGACAUGUCUAUCCCUUUCCUCGGCGCUGUUCCGCUGGAUCCUCGCAUCGGUAUGGCUUGUGAUUUUGGUGAGAGUUUCUUCGACAACUUCCCCGACAGCCCAGCAUGCAAGGCUCUACGUCAUGUCGUUCGCAGGGUCGGUGAAGAGAUGGGUGUUGACACCUCUUAUCAAGAAGAUUGA